AUGUUGCUGGCUGGGAGGAUCCGGAGGGUUGGGCUGCCCUGGGAAAAUCGGGUGGUGCGCUGUUUUGGGGUCAGUGUCCACCUUCAGGGCCUUGGCAGCCUCCACUCUGGUCCACAGUGCCCUCAGCACACCUCGUCUCAGGGGUCUGCCUCAGUGCGCUCGGGGGCCACCCUCCCCAUGUCCAGCACAGGGCAUCGGGUAACAGGAACACCCUCGAAAGGCUUUGAUGAGAAGGCAUACCUGUCAGUCAAGCAGCUGAAGGCUGGAGAGGACCCCUACAGGCAGCAUGCCUUCAACCAGCUGGAGAGUGACAAGCUGAGCCCAGACCGGCCCAUCCGGGACACACGCCACUACAGUUGCCCAUCUGUGUCCUACUCCUUGGACCUGCCGGCCACCAGUGUCGUCAUCACCUUCCACAACGAGGCCCGCUCCACUCUGCUGCGCACGGUCAAGAGUGUCCUGAACCGAACACCUGCCAACUUGAUCCAGGAGAUCAUCUUAGUGGAUGACUUCAGUUCAGAUCCGGAGGACUGUCUACUCCUGACCAGGAUCCCCAAGGUCAAGUGCCUGCGCAACGACCGGCGGGAGGGGCUGAUCCGGUCCCGAGUCCGCGGGGCAGACGUGGCGGCUGCUGCCAUCCUCACCUUCCUGGACAGCCACUGUGAGGUGAACACAGAGUGGCUGCAGCCCAUGCUGCAGCGGGUGAAGGAGGACCACACCCGUGUCGUGAGUCCCAUCAUCGACGUCAUCAGUCUGGAUAACUUUGCCUACCUUGCAGCGUCUGCUGACCUGCGCGGAGGAUUCGACUGGAGCCUGCAUUUCAAGUGGGAGCAGAUUCCCCUCGAUCAGAAGAUGACACGGACAGACCCUACCCAGCCCAUCAGGACGCCUGUCAUCGCUGGAGGAAUCUUUGUGAUUGACAAGUCCUGGUUUAACCACCUGGGGAAGUAUGACGCCCAGAUGGAUAUCUGGGGGGGAGAGAAUUUUGAGCUCUCCUUCAGGGUGUGGAUGUGCGGUGGCAGCUUGGAGAUUGUCCCCUGCAGCCGAGUGGGCCACGUCUUCAGGAAGCGACACCCUUACAACUUCCCUGAGGGCAAUGCCCUCACCUACAUCAGGAAUACCAAGCGCACUGCUGAGGUGUGGAUGGAUGAGUACAAGCAGUACUACUAUGAGGCCCGGCCCUCAGCCAUCGGGAAGGCCUUCGGCAGUGUGACCACGCGGGUCGAGCAGCGGAAGAAGAUGAACUGCAAGUCCUUCCACUGGUACCUGGAGAACGUCUACCCGGAGCUCACGGUCCCUGUGAAGGAGGUCCCCCCCAGCAUCAUCAAGCAGGGGGCCAACUGCUUGGAGUCCCAGGGCCAGAACACAGCUGGCGACUUCCUGCUUGGACUGGGCAUCUGCAGAGGGUCUGCCAAGAACGCCCCGCCAGCCCAGGCAUGGCUGUUCAGUGACCACCUUGUCCAGCAGCAGGGGAAGUGCCUGACUGCCACCUCCACCCUAAUGUCCUCCCCUGGAUCCCCAGUCGUGCUGCAGGUGUGCAACCCGAGAGAAGGCAAGCAGAAAUGGAGGAGAAAAGGCUCGUUCAUCCAGCACUCCAUCAGCGGCCUCUGCCUGGAGACCAAGGCUGCCCAGCUGGGGACCAGCAAGUGUCAGGCCGAUGCUCUGGCUCAGCAGUGGCAGCUGCUGCCACACACAUGACGGCUCUGAACCUGCAUUCUGGAUGGGAGCCUUGCGACCCGAGCUGCCAUCUCCGGCCUCCUGCCCAGUGUGCUCAAGCCACCAUCGCCUGCUCCCUUCAUGCAUCCGCCGGGAGCCACGUGUCUGUGGCCCACAGCACCUGCCCUGGAGGGCCCACCAGAGGCUUCCUGCCACCUCCCGGCAUCACCAGCGUCCUCUCAGCAGCACCCCGUGCCCGGCGCCCCCUGAGCCCUGCGUGGGGCCCUUGGCCCCAUGGCUCUGCCUCGCUGUCCUCCGUCCUGUGUCAUUGUGCCAACCUCGGGCCUCGGGUGCCCUGCUCUUCCGGGAGCCUCCUGCCACCACUGAGAACAGAACUGCGGGCUGAGUGGCCCGGGGCCUCCUGGGCGUGGACAUUUGGGCUGGGCGCCGGGCUGCUCACAUUGAGUGGAAGAGGACUGCGGCCUGGGGGUCCCCCUGCCUCCAUGGUCAGGCUAGGCCCUGUGCUUGUCAGCCGCCCCCCGUGGCGACUCAGCCUGUUCCGUUGUUGCUUUGCCUCUUCUUGACCAAAGCAUGUGCCACUAGCCGUCCUCGGGGACCUUGUCGUAUGAAACACACCCAGAAUAAAACCACUUCAUACACGU